GCUAAAUUCUGCUCCAGCUCUGUGGUCUGCUGUGAGGAUUCCUGCAUUGAUUUCCUGGCCCAUGGGGGAUCCUCUGCUUCCAGGACACCAGGUCAAUCAGCAAUGGCUGCAGCAGAAAUUCCCAGUUACAUUGUUUCUUCUCAGACUGAGAAACACAGAAGGGCCAGAAACUGGACUGAUGCAGAAAUGAGAGGUUUAAUGCUGGUUUGGGAAGAAUUUUUUGAUGAACUGAAACAAACUAAAAGGAAUGCCAAAGUUUAUGAGAAAAUGGCUAACAAACUCUUUGAAAUGACUGGAGAAAUUCGCCACGGAGAGGAAAUAAAGAUAAAAAUUACAAAUAUGACAUUCCAGUACAGGAAAUUAAAAUGCAUGACUGAUAGUGAAACCGUCGCACCUGACUGGCCUUAUUACAAAACCAUUGAUAGAAUCCUGUCUAAAGUAACAGACCACAGUGAUGUGAAAAUGCAUGAAAGUCAGCAACCAGGCCCUUCUACAUCACAGACUGAGGCCUCGCAGUCUCCAUCAGCUAAGUCUACACCUCUGUACUUGCCAUAUAACCAGUUUACUUAUGAAGGAAGGGAAGAAUGUUUUGAAGAUGAACAUUCAGAGAGCUCAUCAAGCUUACUUUCUUAUAAGUUGAGAGCUGAAGAAAGACCAGUUAAGAAAAGAAAGCUUCAAAGCUGUAGUUUCCAAAAGAAGAAACUAAAACUAAUGGAAGCCAUGUUGGAAGAACAAAAGAAGUUAAGCAGAGCUAUGGAAGAAACCUGUAGGGAGGUGCGCAGGAUCCUGGAUCAGCAAAACAUCAUUCAAGUUCAAAGCCUGCAGCUACAGGAGAGAAUGAUGAACCUACUGGAGAAAAUGAUCUCCAAGUCUAAUGUGUAG